AUGUCUCCUUCAGCCACCCAGAACGGCGAGAGCGCCCCUGCUCAAACCCACCCCAACCCCGUUUACCUCUCCACCGAGCCCUCUGAGGACUUUGACUGGAAGGUCAGUCUGAAGGGCAAGGUUAUCGCCAUUACUGGUGCUAACCGUGGUAUCGGUCUCGGACUGGCCACCGUCUGCCUCGCCAACGAUGCUAAGGAGGUCGUUUCCCUCGACCUUUUCGAGCCCGGUGAGGAGUUCGCGGCUCUUCAGAAGGCCAACCCUGGCCGUCUCAGCUACUUGAACUGCGAUGUCACCAACGAGGAGAGCGUCAUCAAGGUCGUCGACCAGAUUGUUGCCCAGGCCGGUCGCAUUGACGGCAUGAUCGCGAACGCAGGCAUGACCAAGCACCAGCCUGCCCUCAACUUCGACCGACCCCAGCUUGAGCAGCUUUUCAACCUCAACGUCUUCGGUGCUUACUUCUGCGCAAAGGCUGCAGCCAACAAGUUCAUCGAGCUCGGAAUCAAGGGUUCAGUCGUUUUCACCGCUUCCAUGACCUCAUACCGCCCCAACCGCGCUGCUCCCUCUGCUCCUUAUGGAGGCACAAAGGCCGCCGUCCGCAACAUGGCACACACUCUUGCUAUGGAAUGGUCCAAGCACGGAAUCCGCGUCAACUCCAUCUCGCCCGGUUUCGUUCGCACACAGAUGACCUACUACGUCGAGAAGUCUCCUGACUGGAACCUCAAGAUGCAAUACUAUGGAGGUAUGCCACGCUUGGCAGACCCCAAGGAGUUGGGCGGCGCAUACGUCUACUUGCUCUCCGACAGCGCCAGCUACACAACCGGCAUUGAUAUCCCAAUUGCUGGUAUCGUCGGAGCAUGGUAA